AUGAAAGGACUGCUCUUGAGUUUAGUUCAUCUGUCCCCUGUUGGUAGGAAAUCCAUUGGACUGAUUGGGGACAUCUCCACUUCUAGGAAAUUGGGCAUAAAAGAGGCCAAAGCAAAAGAACUUGGGUUGGGGACACCACCUUCUCGCAACUUCCAGCAUCUCUCAAUGGGGACAAUCAGGAAGGCGCAUCACCUCUUUGAGUUGGAAGAAAUGCAAGGGGGGGCAGACGCUUUUGAAAAAUCACAAAUGCCACGAAUGAGAAAGCAACCAGUUGAGCUGGAAGACUAG